AUGCACGGUUUUGAUCCCCUUCCCCAAGAAGGCCGCCACAGGAGGCACCCAGGACAAGACCAACAUCUGAAAGUGUCCGAGGUCAUCCAAGUCAGUGGGACGCCAGCCAGUGGCAUAAGAGUCAGUAACGCGGAUCCUGAACUGCUGCAUCAAUACGAUAACUUCUACCACACCACCAAGAGCCUGUUGGUGCUCUUUCAGAUCAUGGGGGUAAUGCCAAUCGAAAGGGACAUUGGCAAAACUACUUACAGGUGGACAUCAGCUACGAACAUUUGGGCUUAUUUCGUGUACAUAGUAGAGACUAUAUUCGUCACUAUAGUCUUCAAGGAACGCCUUGAGUUGGUGCUUUUGCCAGGAAAAAGAUUUGACGAAUACAUCUACGCUAUAAUAUUCCUGAGCAUUUUGAUCCCACACUUCUUGCUGCCCAUUGGAGCUUGGACGAAUGGGCAUGAAGUCGCCAAGUUCAAAAACAUGUGGACCAAGUUUCAAUACAAAUAUUUCACGGUAACAGGGACCCCAGUGGUAUUCCACAACCUAACCCUCAUCUCCUACUCGCUCUGCGUUCUAUCAUGGGUGAUUGGCAUCGUGGUUAUGCUGGCUCAAUACUAUCUUCAACCAGACAUGCUACUGUGGCACACUUUCGGUUACUACCACAUCUUGGCGAUGUUGAACUGUCUCUGUUCCCUGUGGUUCAUCAACUGCACCGCGAAGGGGAGAGUGGCGGGGUGGCUGGCGGAGAACCUCCACAAUGCCUUGCAGUCUGCUGAUGCCGCCAAUAAGCUGGCUGAGUAUAGGGAUUUGUGGGUGGAUUUGUCACAUAUGAUGCAGCAGUUGGGUACAGCAUAUAGCGGCUUAUACGGCAUGUACUGUGUCUUAAUUCUGCUGACGACCAUCGUGGCCAGCUAUGGUUGUUUGACAGAAAUCCUGGACCACGGUCUGUCCUUCAAGGAAGCGGGAUUGUUCCUCAUCUCUUUCUACUGCAUGUCUCUACUGUACAUUAUCUGCAACCAGGCUCAUUACGCCUCCUCGAAGAUGGGUCCCGAGUUUAAGGAAAGACUGUUGAAUGUCAACUUAGCUGCAGUAGACAGUAGGACCAGACAAGAAGUAAACAUGUUUUUGACCGCCAUCGAUAAGAAUCCUCCAGUUAUGACCUUGAAUGGCUACGCGAACGUAAACAGAAAAUUGAUAUCGUCGACGGUGACAUCCAUGGCCACCUAUUUAGUCAUGCUAAUGCAGUUCCGGUUGUCGCUGAUGAGAAACGCCGCUAUUGCAGCCCGACGCUCCGCAGCGGCGAACGCGACGUCCUUUGGGAACGCCACAGGACAUUGA